AAUAUGAAAACAAGAAAAAGUAAAUAGAAAUGUAUAAAAAUUCUAUAAAAUACGGAUUUGUUAUCAUAUAUAUCCUAUUAUCAUAAUUUGGGAAAAAUAUCUAGAAGGAUUUGUUAUCAUAUGUAUCCUUCCUGUCAUCCUUUUAGAGUAAUUAUCAUAGUUGUGGAGGCAUAUCUAUUGUCUGUCUUCUAUUAUAAAUGGUGUGGAUGAGUUAUAACUGAUAUUUAAGGACAUAACAUGUGAACAAGAGUAGAAAGCAUCAUCAAGAAAUUUGUAAAUUUCUCGAGGUAAUAUUACUAUCGCUGAUUACUAUGUCUUUUCUAUUGAGAUAACUCUAUAUAUUAGAUGUGUUUUUGGACGUGCCCUAAGAAGUUGUAUGUUUUUUAGUUUUGAGUUUGUCCUGUCGCCAUGAAGACAAAGGAGAUGGAAAACAGCAAUAACGAAGGAGUGAUCACAACCUUCAGACAUAGCUUGGACUCAAUCCCUCUUGAUCUAAUAAGCGAUAUACUCUUAAAAUUUCCUGCAAAAUCCCUUGUCGAGUUCACAUGUGUAUCAAAUACAUGGUACUCCAUAAUCCGCAGCCAAAUGUUCAUAAAAACUUUCAUGUCAAUAUCUAUCUCUCGACCUCGUAUCCUUCUCACCUUCAAACGUAACCACAACGGCGAAAAUGAACUGCUCUUCUUUUCGUCGCCUGAUACUUCUCAAGUAUCAAAUGAUUCAUCAUCAGUAGUGUCCAGACACGAGAUGACGAUGUCAAGAACCUCUCUUGGUGAUUACAUAAUCCAUAGUCCUUCUGUUCGUGGCUUUUUAUGUUGUUCUCAUCAACAUCAAUACAUGGUAUGUAAUCCAACUACAAGACAAGUCAUAAACUUACCCGAGGAUCAUCGUUUUGACCACGGUACAAUGAAAUGUUACAUGCAUUUGGGAUACGAUCCAAGCAGUGAUAAGUACAAAGUGUUGCGAAUGGUCACCCAACCGGGGAGCAACUUAGUUUCUGAGCAUAGUGUGUAUACAUUGGAACGUCAACAAUGUUCUUAUUCUCCGUGGAGGUGCGUUGAAGGUGAUAUAUCUAACUAUAUUCCUAGUUCUAAUGGCGUGUGCAUUAACGGAGUUGUGUAUUAUGAAGCUAGGAUAAAGCCAUGGAUUAGCUCUGUAGUACUGGUUACUUUUGAUUUUGGUUCUGAGCGUUUUUGUCAGAUUAAAACACCAGGAGAAAAGUUUACUUGUCUAGCAAACUACAAAGGGAAACUAGCAGGCCUUAGUCUCCUAGGUAAUAGUUUUAAUUUGUGGGUUCUCGACGAUGUGAAGGAGCAAACCUGGUCGAAAACAGAUACAUUUGUUUUGUCCCAUACUUUGUGGAAUAUACAGCUAAAAUUUUCAGGAACCACUGAUGCUGGGGAACUGGUUUUUGCACCAAGUUCAUUUUCUGAUGACUUCCAUGUUUUCUAUUUCGAUAUAAAGGAAAAGACAAUGAGAAGAGUUAAGCUUGAAGGAGUCACAAACGAUGAGGAGUUUAGAUGUCGUAGAAAACAUCUUUGUUAUGUAUCAAUCUCAUGUGACCAUGUGGAAAAUAUUUACCUGUAUUAAUUCAAAGUAAAAGUUGUUCUAGUUAACUUUUUGUCAUUUUAUCUCUUUUUAUUUUAUGUUUAGCUAACCUUUAUUGACAAAAAAAAAAGAAGCUAACCUUUAUUAAUUCCAAUAAUGAAUUUCAAAGAGAGUUUGGCUAUAAACGGUAUCUCUCUGUACUUUAUGUUCAACCUUGAUUCAAACCUAAAUCAUUGUCUUCCUAGAAAUAUCUUAUGCAGCUUGAUGAUACUUCUUUUUUCGUUUAGGAUUUGUGUUUAAGAAGUUUUUUCUUUUGAUAUUCUGGAGUACGGUUUAGGACCCUCUUUAGUGAUACA